AUGUCAUUUCAGCUACGCCCUAAGCCGCUGGAGAGCAUCAGGGCAGGCUUGGCUCAACGUGGUGGGGCUGGCCGACCGAAGGGAAGCUUCGGCCGGAAGAGGUUGCAUGAGAUGAUGGCAACAUACAAGGCGCGCGUGGAGCAAGGCCAGCUGGAGUUUGCUGACAUGCAUGUGCGGGACCUCUCCACCGCGAUGUUGGAUGCGGCGGUAGAAGUGGACAAACAUGAGGAUGUCUGGCGACCGGCAUUCCUCAAGCGCCAGAGCAACAGGGGUGUGCGAAGGGCAGAGGCUCUGCGCAAGCUCGCAAAGCAUAGAUCGCAGCUGGAGAAGGCAGCCGAACCUGGGACGUGGAGACGCAGCCGAGGGACAGGACGGAGGACGGACGUGUUUGGGUCUGCGUGCAUGCCUUCGCUGAAACUCUCUCCGAGCUCCACCCGGAUCUACGAGCGAGAGUCACGAGCAAGAAAGAAGGACAUCGACAAGACCCAAGAUCUGCGGCGUGAGCGCUGCCGCAUUUCGAAGGAAAAACACGCUGCAGGUGAUCAGACCAGGCCUGAAAAGUACCGCGACAUCAACAUGCACUACUUCGAGGGCGAGGGCGACGACCGCAAGUUCUCGACGUACUACAAGUUCGAGUACGGCAAGAACAAGGAGGGCUACUGGACGGGGGAGAAGAUGAUCGAGCACAUGGCGGAUGUGUUGGAUCUGUUGGCCGUCAAGUUCCCGAACUACAAGCCCAUCUGUUUUUUCGACUGGUCAUCGUGCCAUGAUUGCGUUGAGGAGGGGGCACCGAGUGUAUCUAGAAUGAACGCGGGGGAGAGUACCCAUUCUAUGAGCCAGACGCCACCGAUCACGUAG